AUGUCCGAAUCCAUUGAAAUAAGAUCGAAAUCAACUACCAAGCCAAUGACAUUACACAUUAUGACGAAUGCACAAUACUCCGACUGGUCAUCGGACCCAACAUCGACCACACAUCGAAAUCAGUCUUCAGCCGAACGCAUUGUCUGGACAGAUGAUAAUAAUAAUAAUCAAAUUGAUCAAAAGAAAACAUCCUUUGCGUGGUGUUGGUGUUUUAGAUGCUGUAUUAUUGGAUCAUUACUAGCUGGAAUAGGUUUAGCUAUUGUACUCACAUUCUGGUUGACCUCAACAGCAACAGAAACAUUAAUUGUGACAGUAUCAUCGUCUGGCUUACCAAGUAGCUUAUCUACGUCAAUUUCAAUUGCUACUUCAUCAAACACACCAUCUACAACAACAUCGCCAUCGUCAUCUUCAUCAACAGCAGCAUCAACGACGACUACUACUGCUGUUUACUGUGCUAGUACUUGUACUGGUAGUUUUAAUUCUUCCGCUAAUACUACGACUUGUUCUCUUUAUUGUGAUGAUGGUGGUAGUUAUUAUUGUCGUAGUACCUCUACUUAUUGUGCUGGUCAGUAUUAUGAUCCUGCUGGUUUUGGUUUUUGUAAUCCUGCUAGUAGUCGUUAUACUGGUUCUUGUAAUACUACUGAUUAUUGUUGUGUUUAUGAUAAUUAUUAUCCUGAUUAUUAUUGUCUUAGUAAGGUCAGUUGUGGCUUUAGUGGCUAA